CAUGUCGGCCGAUAUUGCUUUUGUGCGUUUGUCUGCAGUAUAUCUUGAGAAAAACUGGACUGAUUUUGAUAGGAACGGCAUCAACAGGCCCGUGUCACCUCAAGGAAGAUGCGAAUGUAAAAUGAAUUCGGCCUACGGCGCGGUUUAGCUUCGCGGCGGGUUAAUCGUCCGUUUCAGUGAACUGACCGAAUUGCGUCCGCCAUUGUUGUGAUUGGUGAACGUUCCAGAGAAGACGGCGUUCUUAGAUUGGCGCGCAUGCGCCCGACGUACUACUUGACGACGCUCUUCUUUCGAAUUUUGGGAGACACGCACACACAAAGGAACGUGACACAGUGACGAUGAAAGUGAUUAACGGAAUAUUUCUGAGACGAUCGUUCAGUUGAUGUUCUGCUAUUCCCUUAAAAAUAAAGUAAUUUUUCGGUUAUCGUUGUCAGUAAUCUUGUUCGAUCAGCGUUUCUGUUUGAUGACAAUUAAGGAGCCGUUAGACUUCAUAGAAUUUAUAACCAAUCAUUAGAUUUUUGAAUAAUGUGAUGCAGAGAAAAUAAUGUAAACAUCAUCAAGUACAUAAAAGUAUACGUAUGAACAUUUAGUCAAUAUCAAAGAAUAAGAACAAGAGAAACUCAACUGCAUACCAAAACGUAUGCAUAAAAUAUAUUUUGUGGAUAGUUUGAUAUUUAAAUCUUACAAAAAUGACAGUCUACAUAGAUGAUUGCAUCUAUGCCAUGCAUAAUUAUAUGUUAUGCCUAAGGUUAAAAAGAAAUCUUACCUUAAGAAGGUAAGGGAAAUGCGUGAAUAUAGACGAGAAAAGCUAAGGUCAGAGACAAUAGAGGAACGUGCUAUUAGAUUGUAUACUGCUGCUGAAAGAAUGAAGAACGCUAGAGCAAAAGAAACAGAGGAGCAAGCAGCAAUAAGAAGAAUGCAGGAGGCUCAACGUAUGGCUAGGCAUCGUGCUAAAAAGAAGCGUUGUUUGGAUGAAAAUUUAGCAAGAGAAAUAUCUAAAAUUGCUGAACUUUCCAAAAUGCCUGAUGCAGCGACUAUAGCACAAAUGUCGGAGAUGAAUAUGAACAAAAUUUCUGCAGAGCUCAAACAGAUGAUGGAAAGGGGGAAAGUACCAGAACAUAUAGUUCAAAUGGCUCAACUUGCUGAGUUUAGCAAAAUGACUGAAUUAAAUAAAAUGUCUCAGGAUAUGGCAAAAAGAUAUGAAAUGGAAAAGAUGGCGGAAUAUGCCAAGACAACAGAAUACAUGAAGAUGCAAGAAAUUGCAAAAAUGUCUGAAAUCGCUAAGAUGAACGAAAUGGUGAAGCUCUCAGAAAUGGCUAAAUACAAUGACAUCACAAAGAUUAAUGAAAUCGCGAAAAUGAAUGAAAUGAUGAAGAUGUCUCAAAUGGCAAAAAUAAACGAAGUUCAGAGAAUGAACGAAAUAGCUAAACUAAACGAAAUGGUGAAAAUGACAGAAAUGGCUAAGUAUAAUAACGACAUAACUAAGUUGAAUGAAAUUGCACAAAUCAAUGAGAUGGCAAAAGAAAUUGCCAAGAUGAACGAAAAAACAAAAAUGAAUGAAAUGAUUAAAAUGGCAAAUAUACAAAAUGACAUCACAAAGAUGCCAGAGUAUUCUAAAAUGGCUGAGAUGGCGAAACUAACAGAGUUGGCUAAAUUAAAUGAGAUAACGAUAACAAAAUUAAACGAUCCUCCUCCACCGAAAGUACCAGAAAUUCCUCGAAUUCCUGAACCUGUGAUCACUGUGCCAAAUCCAAGAAAUCUGCAAAAUGUUCAAACCGUUCAAGUAGCACAGGCUAGCCCAUCCAGUACAAUAAAUUUCCCUACUGUACCCGGACAGGGUAAAUAUGCUCAGUUACUUGUUAUAAUCGAGGAACUUGGGAGAGACAUUCGUCUUUCGUAUGCUGGAAGUCGCAGCGCAGCUGAACGCCUCAAGAUGGGUAUUCAACAUGCAAGAAUCCUUGUACGAGAAUGUCUAUUGGAAACAGAGCAUAAUGCACGGCAAUGAUCUGCCAAUACACAUAGCGAUUAGAUUUUUAGCAGAUUAUUUUAGAUAAUGCUAUGUACAUUGUAUGGAGUACAGCAGUAUAUUUUAAAGGGAGUGUCUUAGCAUCCACAAAAAUGUGCAUAAACGUCUAAUUCCUAAUAUUUCAUAUUUUAUACGAAUUUAACAAUUGUAAGUUUAAUAAAAGAAAGUGUAAGAGGCUGAGAAAAUAGUUAUUUAAAACUUACUAUCACUUUCAAUAAUAACUAAACAGACUUUUUAGAAAGGAUGUACACUUUUGUGGAUGCCUAAAAAAAUUAAUCAAUUAAUAGUGCAUAAUAUUGGAUAUAAAUGAAAUAAAUGAAAAAAGAGACUUUGUUCUUUUUUGUUUUGUAUUCUUAUUUUCUAUUAGAAAGGACUUAAAAGCCACCAGUUUCUAUGCAUACACACAAAUCCUGGAGGAAUGUUUCCUUCGCUAUAAGUUCUAAUUUAGUAACUAGGAACAAUGAUAUUGAACAGGAACAAUUUGUAUACAGCAGAGUCUUCGUUUAUAUUUUCUAUGAAAAGCGUAUCUCAUUCUUUUGUUAAAACUAUAGGUAUUACCUACCUACAGUAUACAUAAAGAAGAAUUGAUCAAACAGAAUGUACCUAUGGAAAGUAUAAUCAUUGAAUAUAACUGAUUACAAGGUAUAUCUAAAUAAAAAGAAAACAAUUUUCUACAA